GGAGUGUGGGCAGUGUGCACCGAUACGAUGGGCCACUGUGGAACUGCUGGCAGGGCCAGAAGUGGUUCGUGUACUCGUAUGUGAAUACCACGGCGUGCCGUUUUAGGCUCAGAGGCGAAUAAUAGUUCUGACAGCUCCCAAACGUCUGACCCGAAUAUGUCUGGGAGCUAUUAGGCAUGUCAUGUCCGAUAAUCUUUCGACGUAGAGAUGCAGAUUUAAAGCCACAUCCGGACUGCGUAUGAGCACCACCAAUGCUCGAUAACGUAGCUGCGACAUUUAGGAAAAUUAUUCGGAACAAAUGAGUGUCUAUUCCUCCACCAAACUAUACGUCCAUAGAUAUGCGGGGGCGCCCUGCCGGCAAUGUUAGAGGACCGACGACCUCUGUUCCGUCAGUGUCCCCGUCGUUCCUCCCCAGUCAGUCGGUACGGGGCCGAGCUGUCAACGUCAGCCGUGUCGGUCAGUCGAGCCGUCAGUGUCACCCCCCCCCCCCUCCGGUCUCCGCCCUGACCGCCGUGCAGUGCCGUGUCGGCCCCCUUGGCCGCCCGUCAGUACCGCAGUGCGCUCUCGGCCGGCUCCGCUGCCAGCCCCGAUUCCGCCUCUGACUGUGGCUCUUGGAUUGCUGAGCUUAUUGAGAGCCACUUGUGUGACCCUCCGUCGAGAUCUCUGGGUCCGCCCCUGACAGUGUGGCGCUGGGAUUGUCGAGCUCAUUGAAGAACACUUGUGUGACCCGCCGUCGAGCCUGCUGGAGCAGGGGGACGUCGGCGCGGUGUGAGGCACCAGUGCGUAUGGCGAGUGUAUCGGGAAGUGGACACUAACCUAACGAACGAGCGUUUGUGAUACUCGUGUUCAGUGUUCAGUGAGUGUGCAUGGGAGGGACGAGCUGUGCGUAACGGUAUUCUCGGACUUUGUCAUGAGGGAGAUAAUCGGUCGGAUGUGACGCAAUCGGGCAGUGACGUGUCGCCCCGGAUCAGAUUACAGUUGAGCGACAGAGGCUGAUCGACGGCGAUCGUCGGUCGUCGGACCAUUCUGAGAUGCUUGUUCAAUAGCCCCCGAGACCCGAUGUUGGAGUGAGAGCACCAUGCGCUGAUAUUGAUAUGACCUCCAAGUGCCACAUCAAAUCCGCCAUUCGGAGUCACCCGUAACCUACCAGUGAUUGGCACAAACCAGGGAUAAUUGUGCAGUAUGGUGAUGGUGCUACGAGGCUCACCGUCGACUCGGAGAUAAAGCCUCCAUAACCUACGACAAAGACGUGGGAGUAGGACAGAAGCAUUUCAGUCACGAUCGCUCGGUCCUCGAGAGCAGCUUUCACCAUGACCAAGAUCCUCGUGACGUGUAUGGUGAAAAAAGGUCAUGUGAUACUGCUAGGACUUCUUCUCUUCUUGAUCAUCACGUCAAUUGCACUGUCAUUAGCGUUCUGUUUACCAAACCUCAACGGUAAUGGUCCUGCAGCGUUCCAAGAGUUGCGACCAGAGCCGUCCUCGACUCCACUUAGAACUUUCCAGAAGGCAGCCAUUGCCUCUGACGCCACGGAAUGUGCCGAAAUCGGAGCCGCGAUUCUGCGGCGGAACGGCACAGCUGUGGACGCGGCCGUGGCGGCGCUGGUCUGUGUGGGCGUCAUCAACACCCAGUCGGCCGGCAUCGGCGGCGGCUUCAUCAUGACGCUGUACGACCGGCGGCAGCGUGAGGCGGCGGCGCUGCUGGCGCGCGAGACGGCGCCGGCCGCCGCCACCCGGGACAUGUUCGUCGACGACCCCUCGCAGUCGCAGUACGGCUGGAAGUCGGCGGGUGUGCCGGGCGAGGUGGCCGGCUACUGGGCCGCCCACCAGAAGCACGGCCGACUGCCGUGGGCAGAGCUGUUCGAGCCCACCAUCAAACUCUGCCGCGAGGGGUACCACGUCAACGGCCACCAGGCCAGCUACCUCAGAGCCAAGACGGAUCAACUCAUCGUCGACCCAACAUUCAAGUCCAUCUUCUUCAACGAGACGACCGGCGAGCCCAAGAAGGAGGGCGACAUUGUGCGCCGGCCGGCGCUGGCAGACACACUACAGGCCAUCGCCGACGGUGGCGCCGCCGCCCUCUACGGCGGACAAGUCGGGAAACAGCUGGCCGAUGACAUCCAGAAGAACGGUGGAAUCAUUACACUAAAGGACCUGGAGGACUACAGGGUGCGCUGGGUGACUCCGGCCACGGCCCGUCUCAGUGACGGUCUCUCGCUGUACGGAGUGCCGGCCCCCGGCUCCGGGAACCUCCUGACAUUCGUUUUCAAUAUCCUGGAUGGCUACCAGUACAGCCAGCACAGACCCCGAACGGAGGAGCAGCUGAACCUGAUGUACCACCGGAUAGCCGAGGCGUUCAAAUACGCCUUCGCUCGGAGGACGGAGCUCGCUGAUCCCGAGUUCGUGGAUAUUUCUGAGCUGAUGGCGAACCUCACGUCCCGCGACUACGCCGAGUACAUCCGCGGCCUCAUCGACGACUCGCGCACUUUCAACGACCCGGACCACUACGGCGUGGACGUGGCGCCCGUCUCCGACUCGGGCACCGCGCACGUUUCCGUCAUCGACGCAGAAGGUAACGCCGUCUCGGUCACCAGCACCGUCAACCUGCACUUUGGCGCCAAGGUGAUCUCGCCCAGCACGGGCAUCCUGCUCAACGACGAGAUGGACGACUUCUCCACGCCCGGAAUGAAGAACUACUUCAACCUGCCGCCGUCACCGAGCAAUUUCAUCAAGCCAGGGAAGAUGAUGGUGUCGUCCAUGUCUCCGUCUCUGUUUGUGGAUCCGUCCGGAGACAUCCGCCUGGUGGUGGGCGGCGCGGGCGGAUCGCGCAUCACCACCGCCACCGCCCUGGUUGCGUUCCGUCACCUGUACCUGGAUGAGGACGUGAAGACGGCCAACGAUUUCCCGAGGUUCCACCACCAGCUGUUCCCCAUGACACUCAACUAUGACGAAGGCUUCCCUCCGACGACAGUGGCCUACCUCUCCGAGAAGGGACACAACAUGGAGCAGUGGAAGCUUCGCGCGGUGGUGCCCGUCCUCAGCCGUCUGAACGGGGUCAUCACUGGUAACAUGGACUACAGGAAGGGCGCCGGAGACCUGCUGGGCUUCUAAACUCGGCGCAAAAGGGCCAUAGUCACCGGCGUGCUCUAAAGCCCCAAUAAACAAUCUAAGGGACUUGAGCCGGCCGGUGUCAAACGGACCCAGUGUGAGGUGAAGGGCUCGGAGCCAGACUAUGACGGCAGGUAGGCCCACGGCAGGGUCAUGGUGUCGCUCGCGUAAUCACAGACACAUCGCGGGUGAAGCGUGGGGGUGCAAGGUGCCUUGUGUGGGUAGGGGAGAGGAAGGUGUAUUUACAAUUCACGGUCCACCGACAGACUAGGUGAAAGUGCCGAUGUCAAUGAGUUUAUGGACACGACAUGAUGCUUCGCUGCUGCUCUGUCUUGCUAUCAUCUGAGAUAGUGUGCCGUUCUUCAAAUGUUUUCAGAUAUAUGCAAUGAGCACUUGGCGAAUUGAAUAUUUUUAUCGAACGCAAUGCUGGUGAACACCGCCUGGAGCUUCUGUGCACUUUUUUUUCGAUGAUCUCACGUUUAGCGUCUUUGCCUCUAAGUGCCGUUAUGCCGCUACAAUUUAUCACUUGCCGUUGUCCAGGCUGCUUCCUUGUCCACUGUUCAGCUUCCCCUGCUGCUGUGUAACAGCUGCUGAGGCAAGGAGGCACGGCUCAGUUUAUUGUGCCAGUAGUGCUCCAGGAAUGCCUGUCGUGAAUUGUCGAGCAAACAAAACAAGUGUUGGGCGAGUGAAUAAAUCGAUGCUGCGUGUUUUUAAA